CAGUCAUCGGGUCGACGUCAAGGCCAUCGCAUCCGGAGUUUUUUAAAAAUAUAUAUAUAUAUAAAUAUAUAUAUGUAUCAUGUCUUUCAAUAUUUUAAUAGACUUUUGAGGAGCAGAGCUUUUAUCUGUACAUAAUAUUCAAAUUUAAAAACAUUAGCGCAAUUAUUUUUUUUUCGCGGGCUAAAUAUUUUUUAAAAUUAUUUUUGUCAGUUCCCCCGCGGAUUUUUUAAAUUCAAGGACACUUGUGACUUUUUUUACGUGUUUAUUUCCCCGCUAACUUGAGCGCAAACGUGACCUUGUCUUUUAUUAAUUUUUGUGAUUAAAUAAAUUAAGUAGUUAAUUAAUUAAAUAUUUAUAUUUAUCGUGAUAAAGUAAAACUUUUUUAAAAUACUAGUGAUUAAUUUUUAAUUGAUUUUUAAUGUGAUCAAGAUCGUGUGUGUUUAUUUAAAUAAAGGCGGAAUUUUAAAUUAAAUAAUUGAGUCAUCAAGAGUCUGAGCUUAUUGAGCAAAGAGGGCGAAGGACUUGCCAAUGAAGAUGAGGCUUCAACGCACCCCACCUUGGCUUUGAUGAGACGCAUCCUUUCUGAUGCUCAGACAAAACUCCGCGUGAUGGUGGAGGAGAACGCAGCAACGGGUGCCCGGUUGGACGGGGAGUUGGAACGCGCACGUGGUGAAUGUGCGAGUCUCCGGGGUGAAUUGAGAACCGUCCGCGGCGCCCUUGUGCUCAACAAUAAUCACCAAAAUAAUGGAGCCACAAGUAAUAGCAGUAAUCUCAGUGGUACUUCGACAAACAGCCCAAGUACAAGUGCUAGCAGCACAACAACUUCUAACAAUUUAUCAGCACCACCGAGUCAAGACAGCACAGAGUCAACGGGGCACAAUAGUCAAGAAGAACCAUCGAAACGUUUAAGUGCUAACAGUAGUCCCGUUGACAAAAGAAGCUCCGCUAGUGAAAAAUCAGUCAGCCCUAUUGACAAAGGCAACAGUCCGAUUGACAAAAAAGAUCGUACUAGUCCUAUUGAUCGCUCUAAAACUAGUCCAUCUGUUGAGAGAAAAAAUGGCUCACCGAGCCGCAGCCCGAGUGAAAAAACCCGACGUCCGUGGACAUCUGCGGUGGAGAAAACGCGAAUCAGUGGCUCGGGUGGUAGCGUUGACUCGCGGUCCGGCAGUGCAAGUCCAGAUCGUGGCUCCCGGACCACAAGUUUCUUUCAGCGCAGCGGAAGCGAACGUUCUAGCGGUGAGAGACUGCGAAUCACAACCAACCGCGAUUCAAUACGAUCCAACAAGGAUUCUAGCUUAGAACACGACAAGGAUAGUUGUAGCAAAGACAUAAUUGAUGGUGACGUAAGACCAGAUGAAGACAACGAACCUCCAGCUCCGGCUCCCAGCAGCAGGCCGACAUCUCCCACUAGUUCUCUCGCUUCACGAUUUUCUGGUCUCCAUACCGGGACGUCAGUUGAGAUAGCAAGCACUCGAAGAUUACGUUUAGAAAAUGAACGUCUUGUGGCAGAAGUUGCGAGAUUACGUCGUUUAUUGCUGAGCGGUGCAGCGCGAGGUGAAGUGGGUGGAGAAGAUGCAGCUAUCGAAGAAGAAGCUCGUUUCGUGGCUCUAGAAAUGGAGUUGCAACACUCUCGGGAGAUUAUCCAAGCCCUCAAAACUGAUCGCAAGAGGCUUAAGGCUGAGAAAUUCGAUCUACUCAAUCAAAUGAAAGCACUUUACAGUACUCUUGAAGACAAGGAACGUGAACUCCGUGACUUUAUACGAAAUUAUGAACAGCGGAUGAGGGAAAACGAAGCGACACUUGGACGACUUCAGCACGGAGGUGGAUUACCAAAUGAAGAACGUGAACGAGAACGUGAACGUGAACGCUGGAGUCUCUUGAGAGCCGCCAGAGAUGAAGCUGACCGUAGUGUUAGUUUGGCAGCAAGUCUUGCUGAUAAAGAAGCUGCACUUUCUCAUGCUCAUGCGACUAUUAAAGAACUUCAACGUCAGUUAGGCGAUCGAGGUAUCGGAAAUGUAUGUUUGAGCGAUCAGGAAUCCCUGGUAUCGUUUCCCCGAGGCAGCGUUAAUGGGACAGCAACACCUGGCGCCUGUAGCAACAGCGGGGUUGGAAAUUGUGUGCCGAUGCUACUCCCGCAUCUGGGAUCCCAGCCGCCCUUGGGCAUCACUGAUAUCUGUGUGGGCAGUGUCACUGGCACGGGUGUGUCUGGCACCGGACAAGCUGGCGAUCGUGGAAGUUGCAGCGCCGAUAGCGGCGUACGUGGAUCCAGCGACCGUGAAAGCGGUGGUGCCACUAGUGUUGGUGGAAAUUUAUCUGAUUCUACCACUGAUGGCACACCAACAAUAACUGUUGAGGGAAGUGGCCUCGACAUGGACAGCAUCUCCGUGAUCUCUUCCAUAGCCCCAUCGCACAUGUACCAGUCAGCGACAACGCCAAAAGACUGCAGUCCGACACUGUCGCCAUUGAACGCAUUCUCACGGGCGAUGGACACAUCCUCAAUGUCGCGAUCCGUCGAGCAGCUCUCCAGCCCGAUGGACUCUGAGCCGAGGAGAUGUAAACAGAGUCCACCUGUCGUAGCACCUGUCGCUCACGUACGCUCGUCUGCGACAAGGGGCGGGCCUUGGGGCUCCAUUUCAAGGGUUUUCGCACGCUCGCGUCACCGGAAAGCGAUAAACAGUUCUGUGAGCGGUAGCGCCGGAAACGAGGGCCCGGAUGCCUUCGAUCCAUACAGAUCCUGGUCACCCCUCACCGAGGAAGGCUACGCCGAGAAGCUGAGACUGCUCAGGGAGGCUGCGACAAUUCCAAUGGAACGUUGGCGUGCACCGACUGUCCUCGCUUGGCUCGAGGUGGCCCUCGGUAUGCCGCAAUAUGGACCGAGAUGCGCUGAAAAUGUCAAGUCCGGAAAGGUACUGCUAGAACUGAACGACGCGGAGCUUGAAGCAGGUCUUGGUAUAACGCAUCCACUUCACAGGAAGAAACUAAGACUUGCUAUUGAAGAGCAUCGUCAUCCAAGUCUCGUUCGUUAUCCCUGCAUCGCCCAACUUGGUCACACUUGGGUUAGUUCCGAGUGGUUACCAGACCUAGGUCUUGCUCAAUACUCCGAAAGCUUCGCCACGAACAUGGUAGACGCCCGUAUGUUAGAUCACGUUGUUAAAAAAGAAUUGGAAAAGUUGCUCGGUGUGACGAGAAAAUUUCAUCAAGCAAGUAUUAUGCAUGGAAUUAAUUUACUGAGGAUGCUCAAGUAUGACAGACAGGCUUUGGCUGUUAGGAGGCAUCAGUGCGAGCAAGUCGACGAGGAUCCAUUAGUUUGGACUAAUCAGAGAUUUAUUAGAUGGGCGAGGAAUAUCGACUUGGCUGAGUAUGCUGACAAUCUUAAAGAUUCCGGAGUACACGGUGCACUGGUAGUGUUGGAGCCUUCAUUUACGGGUGACACGAUGGCAACAGCCCUCGGAAUUCCGCCAGCUAAGCACAUGAUCCGCCGACAUCUGACAGCUGAGCUAGAAGCACUCGUUCUACCAGCAAGAAGUCAGCUGGAGGUUGUCCCGAGGAACCACAUCGGAGCGAGGCCAAUGAGUACCGUGAGUGCGGGAGGAAGUCUUGGCCGGGGAAAUCGGACUCUCCAUCUCCAGCAUCACCAGAGUUCUCUCUCCGCCCUCCACAUGCCCACCAACAACAAUAACCACAACAGCAACAGCUUAAAUACUAUCGAUAGACGACGUUCCAGUCUCAGGACCUGCAGUCUUCUUUACCUUAAAAAGUUGUCAUGGAGAAGCUCUCAGGGGUCACUGAGUCGAGCACUAGGUCUUCGUCCUCGCAGUGAAAAAGCAUCGCCGUCAUCGUCAUCAGAGACCGGAAGCUUGGCCAGUCAGUGUCAAUAUAUGAGUAGUCUACGAAGUAAUUCACCGCCACCCCCACAAUUGCCACCGCGACCGAAUGCCAACGGCGGGAUCGCGACUGGCAUCGGAAGCGGAAGUGGGAAUGGGAUCGGGAUCGGGAUUGGAAGUGGAAGCGGCAAACGUCAUCGUCGGGUAAAAAGUAUCGGCGACAUUGAGUACAUAACGAAUGCGCCUGUCAGCACACCAGUCUGACAAGAGGACAGGCCCCAUCGUUCGGGGCCUUAUCGGAGUCUCAGCGAACGCGGCUAUUCGUCGUCCUAUUCAUCGGCAUCAACAACUUCUCAGUACGGUUCAUACUCUGGGUACAGUAAUAUUCUCAUGUCUGAUUAUUACUGCGAGUCAUUGUCAAGUGGUGGUGGUAAUAAUUAUUAUCAAUUACACGGCGGUUAUUAUUCACCUCAAAGUUCAUCAGGUCCACGUUUUCCUGGUGUUCAAAGAUAUGGAAGUCUUGCUGAAGAAGUUUGGUCAACUUCUGCUAAAGAUGAACAAUUACCAUCCAAAUCAUCACAACCAUAUUUAGCUUAGUUAUUCAUUUAUUUAUUUAUUUAUUAAUUUAUUAAAAAUAAUCUACGCGGAAAACGUAAACCGUCUUCCCAAUGACCAAUUUAUUAUACUGAUUAAUUACUUAUUGGGAAUUAAUAUAUACAUAUAUAGUAAGGGUGUGCGAAUCGAGUUCGAAUCGAAUCGAAUAAUUCAAAUAUUUAUGAGUGUGAGUGCAGAUAUCAGACAAAAUUAAACUUAUCAAUAAAUCGAAUAAAUAAUUAAUAAAAUGAAAUUUUACAAAAAUGCGCAUUUCAAAAAUUUUGAAACUUAUAAGUGCAUUUUUUAUAAUUAGAUUUUUUAAAAUUAUUUACCCUAUUUAUUUAUAAUUUUUAAAUUGUCUGAUGUCUUCUGCAUCCACACUCGUGAAUAUUUAGGAGAAAUUCAAAUUUUUUGAUUCGAUUCGAUAUGAAUAAUUCGUAAAUUCAAACUAAUAGCACACCCCUAAUAUAUAUACAUUUAUAUUAACAUAUAAAAUGCAUCUUAUUUAUUUAGAUGCAUUAGAUACAUUCCAUUUUGGAAUCGUUGUUUAAAUUAGACCAAUUACUCAAUUUGAUAAAUAAAUAAAUAAAAAAAUAAUUGAAUAUCAUACAUAAUUAUAAUUAUUACUCAUAUAUAUAUAUAACUUCAAUCGUCAUAUCUCAAUGUACAAGUAUAAUUAAAAUAUCAGGUAAAAUAUCACGGAAAUAAAUGGAGAUGGUAAUAUAUUUUGAAUUAAUAUAAGUAAUAUAUAAAUAUAAUUAAAUGUACGCGUACUGAUAAAUUUAAAUAUGAGAUAAUUAUGUAUGAUAUUUAAUUAUUGCUACUGAAACGCUGAUUGUAUAUGAAGACGGAAUAUUUGAGUGAAUUUAAAUUAUAAAUGAAACAAUUAAUGUGUAAGGCUGAAUUUCGUUUAUGCAUUUAUACUUUUUUUCUAUUUGAAAGUAAUAAUUAUAAGUGUUGAUAAAUUUUUUAAAUUAAUUAAUAAUUUUAAAAAUUAUUUGACAAUUUAACAGGCGAAAAUUUAAUUCAAAAUUACUUUUGCUGUUAUAAAAAAUAAAUUAUAAAUAAAAAAAAGCAAAAAGACUUAAAAAUUAAUGAUAAUUUUAUACUUUUAAAUUAUAAAUUAAUAUUUAUUCAUUACUUUAAUUUAUUUAGACUAUAAAUCACGAGAUUUAAUUAUUAAUAAAUUAACAUGUAAACCAAAAAUUAAUUAAAAUUUUAAAUAACGAGAAUUAUAAAUAUACAAUAAAAUGAUAAUGUAUCAGUACAUUAAGUAUUAACGACAUUUUAUAAAAAGUAAAAUGCGUAUCAAUACGUAAAUAUAAUCAUGUAUUUUUAUUAACUAUUAUCAUUAUAUGUCUAAAAUAAUUAUUUUAAUAAAUAAAAUAACUUUUAGGCUUAAAAAAUGAAAUAUUAAUUAUUUAUUAUCUGUCACGAACACCAGUCUAUAAGAUUGUUGAGAAAAAAAAAAAUUAAAGCUUGUGCGCGUGCUAAUAAAUAUAUAAAUGAGUAUUGCGCUGAUUAAAUUGCUUAAGAAAAUGAAGUUAUUUAAAUGUCAUCGCUAAGAAUAAUAAACUCAAUGUUGUAAAUGUAUCGAUGAAUAAAUAUAUGUAUAUAUUCGUGUGAAAUGUAAUAUUUAAAAGAUAACUACUGACGAAUAAAUUAUAAUUGCCUUAAAAAUUA